AUGCUUCCCUCACUGGUCUUAGCUCACAAAGGUAAUGGUGUCACCCUGUGUCCAGGCGUCGUCCAGACCACUGCCCUGCUGCACUACGAGGCCUCCACCAGCCACAACCUGACGGUGCGGGCGCGGGACCCCUUCACCGGAGGCCACACGGACACCCACGUCACAGUCGCAGUCACGGACGUCAAUGACAACCCGCCGGAGUUCAGCCGUUCCGUCUUCAAGGAAGACGUGUCGGAGGCUGCAUCACCGGGCCACGUGGUGCUGCAGGUUUCAGCAAGUGACGUGGACACGGGGCCGGGCGGUUCAGUGCGCUACUCGUGUGUCAUGGAGUGUGGCAGCUUUGAGGUGCGUGCCCUGGACGGUGUCGUCACACUCACCAAGGAGCUGGAUGCAGAGACUGAGGCUCAACACGUGCUGACUGUGCUGGCCACGGACUCAGGCAUACCCCAGCUCUCCUCCACCGCCACA